GCCAUGCAGGCUAGCGGGCGGCGGUGCAUCGUGUGCGCGGCGGGGGAGGCGGCCAAGUACCGGUGCCCGGGCUGCAGGGCCAGCUAUUGUUCGGUGCCUUGCUACAGGAAGCACAAAGAACAAUGCCUAUCAAAAGCAGAUCCCCUUCCACGGCCUGGGAGUACAGAGGUUUUGAGGGGUGUUCAGAGGGAGAAAUCAUUCGACGCUGAAGCAAGUCCUUGGCCAGCGGGUGACAUUUUGACAGACGAUGAGGAGGAAGAUAAGGUGCCUUUGCAGAACCUCCAGCGCCUAAAGGACUCGGAAGAGCUGCAAGGCCUUCUCCUCAAUCCCCACCUCCGGCAGCUGCUUCUGACUGUCGACCAGGCCACAGACAAGAGCUCCCUCAUGAGGAAGUGCAUGCAAGAGCCGCUGUUUGUGGAGUUUGCCGACUGCUGCCUGCAGAUCGUUGAGCCGCCUGAGAAGGAGAAGGAGCUUCUGGAAUGAAACUGGGUCAGGGACAGACAGAGGAUGGGAGGAGAGAGUUUGUGCCCCCCCGCUCUCAGUCUCUUUCUUUUGGAGAUGCCACUGCUGGCUCUGGGCCUCAAUUUGGGGGAGGGGAGUGUUUAUAUCCCAGACGCCAUUUUUCUUUCCUGCUCCAAAUGCCACCUUCCAGUUUUAGCUAUCUUGGAAAUGGUAUCUAAGAAGUGUUAGAUUUGUAACAUGUGGAAGGCUGCUUCGUGAUUAAAGUGGGGCUUCCCUACCUGUUUAAAACCCAGAUUGUACACUUCAUUGGAACUGUGGUGAAGUCAGACUUCUAGUGGGCCCAGUCAGGCCAAAAUGGGUUGCAGAUUAGCUUAGACACAAAGGUGAAAACCAUCCCUGGGCUUGUGUGGCUUCUGGGUGAAAACCAUCCCUGGGCAUGUGUGGCUUCCAAAACCCACAAACGGAGGCCAUCCUAAUUCACCAAGGGGCUUAAAAAAUACUUCUUGUUCAUCUUCCUUUGACCAGGGCGGGGGAGCCCAACCAGGACUGUGGCAGAGAAAGUCUGUUUAAGAUCAUUAGAAAACAUUCCUAAAACAAUGCUGCCUUUAAUUCA